AGGGGAUUUGCAGGGUGGGGCACUUUGAAUCAUUAAUCUGCUGCAUCCCAGUUGGGACGGUAGAAGCCAAGCGUUGAGGAGCCCUAUUAAGAUUCUCUUAGUACCUCGUUCAACAACUCGCUCUGGGGAAGUUUCAACUUUUCAAAAACUUAGAGAAACUUUUUUUUUUUAAACCGCACACACUCUCUCUCUCUCUCGCCCUCUGAGGUGGAUCAUCUUUUUUAACCGGACUUCGAAGAAACAUGUUGCCUUUCCAUUUUCUCCUGUGGUGCUGCUUGUCGAAGCUGGUCCUCUCCUCGACGCCGCUCGGCGUGGUGGUUCCCCAGGAUCCAAUUCUGACCAUCGGUUCCUCGUUGACGGCCAUGUGCGUGGUCGGCCCAGAGUCGCACGUGGACUCGCGGGACCUCUACUGGACGCUGAACGGCCAGAGACUUCGCUGGGAGCUCUACACGGUGGUCAACAACACAGCGCUGAUGGUGACGGUCACUGGGCUGAAUGGGUCCCAGCAGCAGUCUGGCGACAACCUUGUAUGCCACCGGUCAGACGGCAGGAUUCUGGCCGGCUCUUGCCUCUAUGUUGGCCUUCCCCCAGAGAAACCCACCGACAUCACCUGCUGGUCCAAAAACACCAAGGAUCUCACUUGUCAAUGGAGCCCAGGGGGCCAGGGAGAAACCUUCCUUCGUACAAAGUACAUGCUGAAGUACAAGUUACGGUGGUACGGCAAAGAGAAUGAAUGCCAGGAAAUGGGCACAGCCGGGCCGAACUCUUGCUACAUCCCCAAGGACCUGGCUCUCUUCACUCCAUACGAGAUCUGGGUCGAGGCUUCGAACAAACUGGGCUCGGCAGCUUCUGACAUAAUCUCCCUGGACAUUCUGGAUGUGGUCACCACGGAUGCCCCCUCCGACGUUCAGGUGAAUCGUGUGGGAGAUCUCGAAGACCAGCUCAGCGUCUGUUGGAGCUCCCCGCCUGCUCUGAAAGACUUUCUCUUUCAGGCCAAAUACCAGAUCCGUUACCGCGUAGAGGACAGCACGGAGUGGAAGGUCGUGGAUGAUAUUGGAAACCAGACGCUGUGCCGAUUGGCGGGGCUUAGACCGGGCACCGUUUACUUUGUGCAGGUGCGAUGUAACCCAGUCGGCAUUUACGGCUCGCGGAAGGCGGGGAUUUGGAGUGAGUGGAGCAUUCCUACUGCUGCCUCCACUCCCCGGAAUGAGCGAUCCAGCAACACUUGCUACCAGAAGAGUGGGGAGAGUGGCUCGAACCUGAGACGGGAGUUGAAGCAGUUCUUCGGCUGGGUGAAGAAGCAUGCCUACGGAUGUACAGCUCUGAACAUCAAACUCUACGACCAGUGGCGAGUGUGGCUGCAGAAGUCGCACAAGACACGUAACCAGAAUCAAGAAGUCUCUGUUUUUAUUGGAUCGCAGGAAGAUGCUCCUGCCCGGUAACUCCAGAGAGACACCGCCCGCCUCUCGACGCAAGGACAAAAGACUUCCGUAGCAUCUCGAUCGUCACUCCACAAACAUUGGAGGCGGCUACCACGGCAAUUCCUUGGCCCACGCUGUUACUGACAAGACAAAUCUGGUCUCUGCUCUCUUUGAUAAAAUUACAGGAGAUGGAGAAGUGACUGGCGUUUAGGCACAAACAUUCCAGUUUAGAAGCCUCAGGACAAAAUUAUUCUUCAAUUGGUCUGUGGCCUGUUUUCAAAUUUUAAUUUGCUUUUUAUUUCAGUCUCACAAGGUUUGAGAUCCUUUUCCGAUUUCUGAUCUAUACGCGUUUCUCAAUAUUCUCUGAAAUGCGUAAAUUUAUAUCUCGAUGUCUCUAUUAAGGUAGGUUUUCUCAAUCAUUCUCAUCUCUCCUUACAACUAUAAUCUCCUUCAGUGCCACAGCUCUCCGAGAUCUCUCGGCUGCUCUCCAUGUAGUCUCUUGCUUGCUCAGCCAAUCUAUCCCAGUCCUCUGCCUGCUCAUAAGCUCAUGAGUGACAGGAGCAGAAUUAGGCCAUUCAGCCCAUCAAGUCUUCUACGCCAUUCAAUCACGGCUGGUCUAUCCCUCCCUCCAAACCGCAUUCUCCUGCCUUCUCCCCAUAACCCCUGACACCCGUACUAAUCAAUGACACCCUGCUUCUGCUUUACGAGCCUGUCCAACUUAGACGAUUUUUUAGGCGACUACAGGCGACGGCCAUAAAAUUUUCAACAUUUUCAGCGACAGUGGCGACAAAUUUGCUGUCAUAGGUUGACGGAGGUGUUAUCGUAGGUUGUCACCAAGUGUCGUAGGUGAAUUCCAUUAAAACUAGUCCCUGGCAGUCGCCUAAAGAGUCGCCUAAGUGGUAAAUUUCUCUCAACUAAAGUUUUUAACUGACUUCUCUUACAUGACUAAGCGUUCAUUUUUGGCCAGUAAUGGUCCUGUCAACAACUCGGGUGUUUUUACUUUGUUAAAGGAAAUAGGAAAAAAUGCAAGAUCGUAGCUGUUAGUGUAAUAAUGUAAUCCGCAGCAGAGCAAUACACGCAAAACUAGCGAAUAAAUUCAAGCGAUGUGGUUCCUCGGAAACGUUCUGUACAGGAAACUGUAUCUCUGCAGGAACUGACUGGACAAGGGACUCUAAGCAUUUCAAAUCAUCUUACUUCCAAAUAAAGUAAAAAACUGCAUUUAAAAUAA